AUGAAAGUAAGUUGAAAGUACAUUCUGGAAUCAUUCAAACAAAACAUUCCAGUUCCUUCUCCAAAUCCUACACAUCAUCAACUGGAUCGUCUUAUCGAUUGCCGUUCUGACGGCGUGCGCAAAGAAGAGCAAAUCGAAUAGCAAGGAAGCGAACAAGAGCAAAGAGUCGGUCGCUGGAGCCGCGCCCGUCCAGAAGCCGCCACCGGUGGAGUCCGUCCAGCUGGCGCCGCCGUCUCCUGCUCCGUCGGCUCCGGAGGCAUCGAAAGUAGCCGAAGCUCCGCCGAAGGAGAAAUCGAAGAAGGAAAAGUCUAAACGGGAGGAAGAGAAGAAAGAGGAGAAGAAGGAGGAGAAGAAGGAGGAGAAGAAGGAAGAGAAGAAAGAAGAGAAAAAGGUGAGGACGGGUUCGAAUCUGUCGAAGGGAUUUUUAUGAUUUCAGGAUGAUGAUGGGUACGAGAACUGCGCCGAUAUGACUCCUGAGCAGCUGAAGAAGAUUGCCGAAGAAUCGAACGGGAAGAAGGAGGAGGAGAAGAAGGAAUAG